AUGUCCUCCACUGUGAACAACGGGGCUGCCGGCAUGCCAUCCCCGCCCGACGCCGCCAAUGGCUUCCCACAACCGGGUGCUUCGUCCGGGACCUGGCCGCGCGCGGAGGAGGAGCUGCGCGCCGCCGAGCCCGGCUUGGUGAAGCGCGCGCACCGGGAGAUCCUGGACCACGAACGCAAGCGGCGCGUGGAGCUCAAGUGCAUGGAACUACAAGAGAUGAUGGAGGAGCAGGGGUACUCUGAGGAGGAGAUCCGGCAGAAGGUCGGGACCUUCCGGCAGAUGCUGAUGGAGAAGGAGGGAGUAGUGACCAGGGAGGACCGGCCUGGGGCCCACAUCGUGGCAGAGACCCCGCGGAGAAUGGACGGCUUGGAGCCGGGCCUGGAGUACCCACCCUUCGAUGAGGACGAUGGUCCUGUGGAUUGCGACUGCCCGGUUGCCUGCUACCGCGGGCACCGGGGGUACAGGACCAAGCACUGGUCCAGCAGCUCCGCAUCGCCCCCUCCCAAGAAGAAGAAGAAAAAGAAAGGCAGUCAUCGGAGGAGCCGCAAAAAGAGGAGACUAGAGUCAGAAUGCAGCUGUGAGAGUGCAUCCCCCCUGCGCAAGAAGAAGAAGGGUCUGAAGAAGCACCACAGAGAUAGGUCUGAUUCUGGGUCCCGGAGGAAGAGACGGUACAGAUCUCGAAGCCUCAAGAGCAAAAGAAAAGAAAAAAACAAAGAGCGUAAGAGGCCUCACAAUGAAUCCCCAGGCAGAAGGUCUCACCACCACAGCAGUGUCAGUUCACACAGCCCCUCGAUGACCUCACACUACAGCGAUUCCGGAUCACCCAGCAGGCUGAGCCCCAAGCAUCGAGAUGACGGGCGGAAGACAGGCAGCCAGCGAUCCAGCGGGAGCCGGUCGCCCUCCCCGUCGGGCGGCAGCGGAUGGGGGUCGCCCCAGCAGAACGGAGGCAGCAGGCAACGGAGCGGAGCGCACGGGGGCCGCCCCGGCUCGGCGCACAGCCCGCCCGAUAAGCCUAGCUCGCCCCGGGCCUGCGACAAGGUGGCCGCCGCGCCCACGCCGCCCGCGCGUGGGAAAGACAGUCAGAGCCCGCGCUCCGCGCCGUCGUCGCAGGGCCGCGGGGGCCGCGCGGCGGGAGGGGCGGCCAGGCGCCGUCGCCGGCGGAGGAGGAGGCGGCGAUCUCGAUCCUCGGCCAACGCGCCCCGCCGCAGGGGGCGCCGGCGUGCAAAGCCCGCGCCGCCCCGGGGCUCGUCCCGCUCGCUCAGCGGGGCUCGCUCCAGCAGCGAGUCUGGCGGUGGCGCCCCGGGUCCAGGCCCGGAGCCGGGCUCCGAGCGAGGUCACAGCGGACACGGGAAACGGGCAAAGGAUCGACCCCCGCGCGCAAGGCCCACAAGCACCUCACCAUCCCCAGGCGCGCACGGCCGGCGGGGUGGCCCGGAGGGGAACAGCUCAUCACGCAGCCCUGGCCCCCAUCCGGGGUCCUGGAGCUCCAGCCGCUCGCCAUCCAAAUCACGAUCACGCUCCCCAGACAAAAGGACCCGCAGCCCCAGCCGCUCCCUGUCGCCCAAGAAACCUCUAGGCCGGGACAAAGACAGCGAAGGCCGUGCAAGGCAUGCGGAGGCUGAGGCUGCCCGCACCCGUCGUCGAUCCCGCAGCUACUCACCCAUCCGAAAGCGGCGCCGCGAUUCGCCCAGUUUCAUGGAGCCAAGGCGCAUCACCAGUGCCCGAAAGCGUCCCAUCCCCUACUACCGACCCAGCCCCUCCUCUUCCUCCAGCUGCUUGAGCAGUGACUACUCAAGCCGGAGCCACAGCCGGAGCCCAAGCCCGGGCCACAGCCACGGAAGCUACAGCAGCCGCAGUCAUGGGACUCGCAGCCGCUCAUGCAGCGCCUCCAGGAGCCGCAGUCCCAGCUACCACAGCAGGAGCAGCUCUGAGAGUGGGGGCUUCUAAGUUCAGAUGGACCCAUCUGGGGUUAGAAGGCCCUGGCACAAGGAGAGGCUGGGGCUCUGAGACCCGAGAAGAGGGGUCUGUACCC